AUGGCGGUGAACUCCACAGCACUCGACAUGGCCAGCGACUUGGCUGAGCUGGGAACGCUGCAGGAGGUUGAGGAUCCACCGGAUGAUGUCUGGAUACCUGGCAAGAUGCCAGAUGCACCCGCCAAAUCCAGGCAGGUCCUGCGUAGCGCCUUUGCGCAUGAGCAGUCGGGCGGCGGCACAACCGAUGUGAGGCGGCCAAUACACCCACACUCUGAGGAUUCAGCUCACUUGGACCCAAUCCUGGCCCUGGAUGACUUCACGGUCGCCUUGCCGGACGGAUUCCCGGAUCACGCCCACCGCGGCUUCAUCACGCUGACCUAUUUGCUGCCAUCGUCCCCGGGGGGACUCACGCACGAAGACUUUCUAGGCAAUGCAGGCACUCUUCAUCCAGGUGACGCGCAGUGGAUGACCUGUGGACGUGGGAUCCUACACUCUGAGGUGCCUGCCAGCAGUUUCUUCGCCCGGGGGCUUCAGAUGUGGAUCAACUUGCCUGAGAAGGAGAAAAUGGCUGCUCCUGAGUACCUGGAGCUGCCUCGGGCCCGGCAGCUGCGCGCAGCCACCGCAGGUGUCAAGGCCGCUGUCCUAGCCGGAGAGGCCUUGGGGCAUCAUCAAGAUGGUCCGAAUCAUGGCCCUGAGUUGGUGCUGCUUGUCCCGGAUGGUGGAUCGCUUUGGUCCUUUUUUCAUGUUCUGUUCUUCGCAGAUUGGACUUCGAGUUUUUCGAGACAAGCGCCCUGGGCAAGGGUCCACUACACCAUGGAGCCGGGUGCGGUACUCCACCAGCCAAUUCCAGAGGGCCACACUGCGUUUAUCUACACGCUUGCUGGUGGAGUGGUGGUGGCGGAUGUGGUUGCAGAUGCUCACCACUGCCUUAUCCUCAGUGCCGCCGCAGGAGAAGAUGGCGUGACCGUUCGCACCCAAUCUUCCGAAGCCUCCUUCUUCCUUUGUGCGGCCAAGCCUUUGCGUGAGCCCGUGGUGUGGCAGGGCCCCUUCGUCAUGUGUAGUGAAGAGCAGAUUCGCCAGUCCAUGUUGGACUACCAGUGUGAUCAGAACGGUUUCGAGAGGGCGAGCUCUUGGAACUCCCGAAACAAGCUGCGAAUGGUCACGUGA